AUGAACACGGAACUAUUGAGCUUAAAAACUUAGUAUCCUUUUAUCCUAACUUAUAUUUUAUUUCAAUAACUUUAUUUUUCAAAAAAGACCAUUACACUUAUAUACCAACAUAUAUGUCAGCUGCAGCGUAGCUCGACAACCCUGAUCUUUACAUAACGAAGAAGAAGAAGACUCGGCCCCCAUCACACCGGGAAAUAUUGCUAUUUUAUUGCAUUUCGACUGAAAAAAAAAUGGCCAACGCACAGACCAACAAUGCCUGCAGCAUAUGUGAUCGGGUGGGCCUGAAGCCCUUCACCCGGGAAAACGUCUUCAACUACUACAUACCGCUACACGGGCUCGUCAGCUAUGGAGCCCUUUCGGUGAAUGUGAUGAACCCCCAGAUCGUGCCCCAGCUUCUGCCCAAGAAGGAUCUGACAAACGUCUUUCUCAUCUCGGCUGUGGUGGGCAGUGCCUUCUACAUUUACGGACGUCCUCAUUUGAAGGACGUGAAGAACAACAAGCGCGGCGCAUACGCCCUGCUGGGAGCCACACUCUUCAGCAUGGGAUCAGUCCUAGCCUGGGCACUGAUCAAGUCCGCCUGCCCCAAGGACAACGCCCUGCUUGCCACUCUAGCCGGUCUGGGUACUGGCGCAGCAUUUGUGAAGCUCGGCACCGACUACAUCCAGGAAGUGGACAAGCUGCAGAAGAACUAAACGGAACUGGGGUUGUUGUGGUGCAGUCGGUGCACUGGGUUCGUACUGUAAUUGCUGUCCUGGCCGUAAAUAGCUCGUAAUGCAAUAUUAUCUCCCGCAUAUUUCAAUAAAAUUACAUAAUAAACAAUA